AUGGCAGCGCUGGGGUUUGUCAGUGCCGCACCGCCGGCCGCUCCGACGACACCCUUGAAGGCACCCCGUUCCGCAUCGGCGUCAACAGCAUCCGGGCUGGGAGGCACACACGUCUUGGCAGUCUCAGCAACUGGUGGCAUUCUCUUGGCAGUUCGGCGGACAAGGCAGAGGAGCAGCGCAAAAAGUCGCGCCUCGGCAAGCCGCGUGGCCUGCAAGGGCCAGUUGCUGGACAAGGUCGAGAAGAAAGAGAGAGCGCCAAAAGCUCCGAAGGGGCUGGAGGAGCAGCCGGCACAAGCGGUCGCAUCAACUUCGUACCCAGGCAAGGUUCCACCUGUGGAAGCGAGGGAGGCGGACAUCGAUGGCUGGACGUUCUUUGCUAGGUUCUCUGGCGCCUUGUGGGAGACUUUCAUUGAUGUCGCGACUUCGCGUGGUCCUCGCGAACAGAAAGGGUGGGAAUACCGCAAAGGAAUCGAAGGCAUGUCCAUGGGGAGCAUGGCCUUUGAAAUGAUGACGACGUCUGAAGACACGGAGGAGUUCAAGGAGUUGUCCAAGGAGUACCAGUCUGGCUAUGGAGUGCCUUUCCUCAAUCUCUCCUUCCGCAAGAUUACCGCUGCCACGAGAGACUUCAGCAAAGACGUCGGCUUGGCUGGGCCGUGGCUGACCCUGAUCAACGUUCUCCAGACUAUGGGCAUCAGUGGAGACCUCAUCGACGGUAUCCCAGUGCAGAACAAGUGGAUCAAUAUCGUCCGUGACAACUUGGACGAUUUCGGGAAGCAGGAUCCUGAGCAAGGGCAGCGCCAAGCUGGAGACUUGAUGCAGAACAUGAUCAUGGGCCGCAUGGAGAGGAUCACAGGUGCACCUAUGCCGGUGUUUCUCGAAGGCUACGGCGAGAGCGAAGGCAUUUACAAGAUCGUGAUUGGGCCACGGUCAGUGGUCGUCGUCUCUGAUCCAGUGGUUGUCAAGCGCAUCCUCACGAGCUCGCCGGAGCUUUACACCAAGGGUAUCCUGACGGAAGUGCUCGAGCCCAUCAUGGGCCAAGGGCUGAUUCCGGCUGAUCCUGAAACCUGGAGGAAGCGCCGCCGGGCGAUCGUCCCUGGCUUUCACAAGAAGUGGCUGACGGAGGCCACUCGACAAAUGGUGGAAUGCGCCGUGAACCUCGCUGAUGACUUGGAGCGUUCCAUUUCGAUAUCUUCUUCGCACGUGGCCGAGGUCAACAUGGAGGAAAAGUUCACUUCUGCUUCGCUCGACAUCAUUGGCAAGGCCAUCUUCAACUACGACUUUGGCUCCACAACGCACGAGUCACCGCUGAUCCGCGCGGUCUACAACCUCCUCCGGGAGGCAGAGCGCCGCGCCCAGUCGGUUGUCCCGUACUGGAACCUGCCAGGGGCGGACGCGAUGUUCCGAGACCAAAAGGAUCACAGCGAGAACUUGGCCUUGGUCAAUGCUGUCCUGGAUGAGCUCAUCCGAAACGCCUUGGAGGACCCUCCCAAAGAGGGGGACAAGCUGUCCUUCCUCCAGUUUCUGGUCAUCACCAAGGGUGAGGAUGUGACCACCAGGCAGCUGCGUGACGACCUGAUGACGCUGCUCAUCGCUGGACAUGAAACCACUGCAGCCAUGCUCACAUGGACACUCCAUGAGCUCGAGAAGCCGGAGAGCGCCGUCUUUCUGCGCGAAGUGCAGGAGGAGAUCGACACCGUCCUGGAGGGACGAAGCCCAACUUUCGAGGAGCUGACGCAGUUGCCCGCGCUGCGUGCAUGUCUCCUCGAGGCUUUGAGGCUGUAUCCGGAACCUCCUUUGCUUAUCCGCCGAUGCAUCGCCGGAGACGACGUGGCUGUGGGCCCCCUUUGUCGUGACGUGGAAUCCGAGACGGUGUCGUUCUUGCCUGGCCAGGAUAUCUUCAUCUCCACAUGGUCUCUUCAGCGCUCGGAGACCCUGUGGGGCGAGGAUGCAAACAGUUUCAACCCACACAGGUGGAAGGAGAAGCUCAACGGCAAUGGCCUUUGGCAGGGAUACUCACCUGAGAAGUCCACCAACUACCCAGACGAGAGGGCCACAGACUACGCCUUCUUGCCUUUUGGGGCUGGUUCGCGGAAAUGUGUGGGCGACAACUUUGCACUCCUGGAAGCAGAGGCUGUGCUGGUCGCCCUCUUGCAGCGCUUCGAGUUCAAGGCGCCUGUCGGGAAGCGCAAGGUGGAGAUGACGACAGGGGCGACAAUCCACACGGCAGGUGGUCUUAUGAUGGAGGUGAAGAAGCGAACGGACCGUCGUGCCAAGAAACAUGGCAAAGGUCGGAAGGACGUGGAUGUGAAGGGAGUGGUCAACAUGGAAAAGAAGCUACGAGGCACGGUCGCGCAGCGAAUCGAGCCGGAAGCAUUGGUCGUUCCCACGGCCAAAGAGCUGCGCAUGCUUUUCACUGCACAGAAGGAGGAUGUGCGAAAGCUCUCGCCAACGCCGGAGCUUUUCGAGGCUUUGGAGAAGGCCUACAAGCAAUGCCAGGAGGUGACCAAAGAGUACUCCAAAACGUUCUACCUGGGCUCGCAGCUCCUGGACCAAGAUGAGCAGCGUGUCGUUUGGGCCAUCUACAACUGGUGCCGAAGCACGGAUGAGCUGGUUGAUGGGCCUGAAGCCGCAAACACCACGAUGGCGGACCUCGAGGAAUGGGAAGAGAGACUCAACAGGAUCUUCCAGCUGCAGGUGCCUGCAGAUGGUGAUCCAGCGGACUUGGCGAUGGUGGACAGCAUUCGCAAGUUCUCCUUGAUCCAGAGACCUUUCCAAGACAUGGUGGGCGGGAUGGCAAUGGAUCUGGUCAAGGAGAGGUAUGCCACCUUCUAUGAGCUGGAGGUGUACUGCUACCGCGUUGCUGGCACGGUGGGAAUCAUGACACUGCCAGUGCUCGGCUUCGACCCAAUGCAGAACUUCACAGAGGAGUUACAGGAAGAAACGAUUGCUGCGGCAAUGUCCCUCGGCGUCGCUUUCCAGCUGACGAAUAUUCUGCGAGAUGUUGGUGAGGAUGCCAGGCGUGGUAGAAUCUACGUUCCGUUGGAGGAUCUCACACGUUUCGGCAUCACCGAGGAUGAGGUGUUGGAGGCCUCUCAGACCGAGGGACUUCUCUACCACGAGAAGAAGUGGAAGGACUUCAUGGAUUUUCAGAUGCAGCGGUGCGAAGAGGAGUACGACAACGCGAAGGCCGGCAUCGUUGGCCUCUCGGAAGUCAACCGUCUUGGUGUGAUGGCAGCGCUGUAUGUCUACGGUGACAUCCUGCAUCGUAUUCGAGAGAACAACUACGACAAUCUCAGCCGCCGGGCGUACGUGCCCUUCAUUGACAAGGUUUUCUUGAUGGGCAAGGCCUGGCUCAAGUGCCAGGAGCUGAAAAAGGUGGCUCAGGAAAACAUCCGAAGUGGCAAAGUCUUCACACGAAGGAAGGAACACUGA